GUGCACAAUCCCUGCCACCUGCACACCCCGCUUGCUUGCCUGCCCCACUGUCUGCCUCACCGUCCCCGCCCUCGUAUGCUGCACGCGGUGGUGGCAGAGUGGUGGUUCACUGCUGCGCUGUCUCUGCUUGCCGUGGCGCUUCCAGCGGCGCUGAUGUGGGCCCGGCGCGGCUCCCGCCUGCGGCCCGGCACACACGUUCUCGUCACCGGCGGCAGCAAGGGGCUGGGCCUGGCCCUGGCGCUGCAGUGCGCGGAGCGCGGCUGCAGCGUCACAAUCGUAGCACGCAACAAGGCAGACCUAGCUACUGCACUGCAGCAGUUGCAGGAGACGGCGGUGGCGGCGGCGACCACGCUGCGUGCGGCAGGUGGGGCUGCAGCCCCAGCCGCCAAGCUGCAAGCACUCUCAGCAGACACCACAGACAUGACCAAGGUGACCAAGGCGUUUGAGGAGGCGGAGCGCAAUGCGGGCCCCAUCGACGUCCUGAUCUGCAACGCCGGCCUGUCGCUGCCAGGGCUGUUUGUGGAGCAGGAUGUGUCUGCGUUUGAGCUGCAGAUGCGGGUCAACUACCUGGGCAACGUGCACUCAGUCAAGGCGGCGCUGCCGGGCAUGCUGCAGCGGCGGGCAGGCCGCGUCGUGCUCGUCACCUCCUCGCUCGCCAUCCUGGGCUUUGCUGGCUACAGCUCCUAUGCCGCCUCCAAGUGGGCGUUGCGGGGCCUGGCCGAUUGCCUGCGCAAUGAGCUGCAGGGCACUGGGGUGGAGGUCAGCGUGGCAUACCCGCCAGACACAGACACGCCUGGGUAUGCCCAGGAGAAUGCCAGCAAGCCGGAGCUGUGCCUGGCAGUCAACAGCGCCUUGGGCAGCGAUCUGUUCACCCCAGACAAGGUGGCGCGCCUGCUGCUGCGGGGCAUUGAGCGGGGGCAGUAUCACCUGCCCUCUGCCGACCUGGGCCAGAACCUGCUGGUCAGCGGCAUGACCAGCCUAAGCCCCAAGCGCUUCCCGCUGCUGGUCCAGGUGCUGCUGGGUCCUAUCCUGCCGCUGGCCACCUCGGUGUUUGGCUGGAUCGCAGACCGUGCCGCCACAAAGCACAACACGGCACACGGCAUGCCGCCCCGCCGUUGAAGAUGCAGCACAUUUUUAAAUGCGUUUGAAGGAAGCAGGGUGGCAGCAGAGGUUCCUUGAUGAUUUAAUUGGUGAAAGGCCCUUUGAUUUGAUUGAAUGUACCGUCAACGA